AUGAGGACUCGAGGGGAAAGACCAGGACUUGAGGAGAUUGGGAGACUCCGUACCCUCGGGAGGGAGGUCCUGGUCCAGAGAUGGAGAGAAGACCUCGAGUCCCCAGUAGCGGGCAUCUGGACGGUGGAGGGCAUCCGGCCCCACUUAGAGCGGUGGCUGAAGCGACGCCAUGGCGCGCUGUCAUAUCGCCUUGUGCAGGUGCUUACCGGACACGGCUGCUUCUGCUGCUGUAAGUACUUGCACGGGAUCGCGAGGAGGGAGGUCUCACCGAUCUGCCAUGAGUGUGGGGCGCCUGAAGAUACGGCGCUCCACACUAUGGCAUUAUGCGCGUCAUGGGCGCCGCAAAGACACGCGAUGGUGUCACAUCUGGACGGUGACCUCUCGCUGUCGAGCGUUAUCAAUCUGAUGCUCGGCAGCGAGGAGGGCUGGUCUAUCGUUGCCUCCUUCUGCGAAGCCGUAAUGGCUUUAAAGGAGGCCUCGGAGAGGGAGAGAGAGCAGGCGGCUGAUGCUCUUCCCCUCCGCAGAAGGAGAACAGGCGGCAGGAGGCGCAGAUAUGCGCAUCUUAUGCCGCCCCCGUAG